UUGGUAGAUCUUAAUUUUCAGGUAUUCAUUGUUAGUGUCUACUACUUCCAACUAUAUCACCUUCCGUUAUUUCUUUUGGUUCUAUUCGUCAAAUGUCUUAUCUACAAACGGGUAGCUGAGGAGUUGUCGCCCCGCUAUGAUCGAUUGUCACGAUACGACGAAGACGGUGAGGAGGAAAAAUCAUCGUCUUCUAUAAGAGAUACAUUAUCGUCUGUACAGGAGACAUUGACAGUGGUUCAGAACACUUUAGUAUUUAUUUGCGCCUUAUUACAACGGGUCCGAAACACAUUCAACUUCUCCUCUCCUUGGUUGUCAUGGUUAGCCAUAGCAGUACUAUCAGUAGUCACCGUACUGUUGUAUUUUGUGCCUUUACGAUGGAUCAUCAUGGUUUGGGGUGAGAUUCAGUAA